CCGCAGUCCGUCUACCGCCGCCUCUGCGGCGCCUUCUAUUAGUAUUCCCCCGCUCAUCGUCAUCUACGGCAGGGUGGGCAUGUUCAAACAAGCACGCAAGCUGUUCGACGAAUUGCCCGGCCUAAAUUGCCCGCGAACCGUUUACUCCUUAAACGCGCUGCUCUCGCCCUGCAUCGAUUCGGAGAAGUUUGACCAAAUCGACGCCAUCGUCAAGGAUCUGCCCGCGAAGCUGGGGAUUGCUUUUGGAUGUGGUGACGUAUAACACGAACAUGAAAGGGUUCUGCAAGAUGGGUGCUUUGGACUCUGCUGCUUCCACCAUGGAUGAGAUGGUGAAGGAAGGCGUGAGCCCAGAUGUGGUUAGUUUCAAUACGCUGAUGAGUGCGUUCUACAGAAAUGGGAGGUUUGACGACGGCGAGUCCACCUGGAAUAGAAUGGCGGAAAUGGAUGUUGCUCCUGAUAUCGUAAGCUAUAAUUCGAGGAUGCUUGGAUUGGCAUUGGUGAAGCGAACGGAGGAAGCGGAGAAGCUGAUUGAUGAAAUGGGUACCAAGGGAAUUGAACCUGAUGUCCACAGUUUCAGUGCUUUGAUUCAGGGGUAUGUCAAAGACGACAACUUGGAAGCUGUUAAGCGUUGGUAUGGCGAGAUUGAGAAGAACGGGCUUGCACCCUUUAAGGCCAACUUUGAGACUUUGGCACCGUUUCUCUGUGAGAUGGGUGAGCUGCAGCUUGCUUUCGAGCUUUGUCGCGAAACGAUUCGUGCAAAGUGCGCUGUUGAUGUGAAGUUGAUGCAGUUUGUUGUUGAUGAGUUGAUGAAAGGGUCGAAAGUUCAAGAGGCAGGGGAGAUUGUGCAGCUUGGUAAGAAGAAGUACAAGCUCGUCCUAUAAUCUGAAAGCUGCUCCUUUCACUUGACUAAUGAAUACGAUGGAAUAAAGAAGACGAUCCAUGAAGCAAGUCCUUCCACUUCGUCUUCCUUCUCUCGUUGUCUCUUUUAUUGAAAACACGAAUAUAUGCAUGCAGGUUAUAUCAUGUGAACUGAUAUGUGGAUUUGAACUGAUAUGUGGUUUAUUAAUGUUUUGUGACGUUAAGGGAUUCUUUGGGAGUUUUUGGGAAUAGUUGGGAAAGUAUUUCGUUAUGUCACAUUAGUUGUCUAGUUGGGUAGGAAAAAAGAAUUUAUCAAGUU